AUGUAUCGAUUCGAAUAUAUAUUAAAAGACGGGUCGGCUUUUUACAUCACAAAUCCAAGUUUUGCAUCACAAAAGCUCGAUCAUCCGAGUGUUCACACCUACUUUACAUCUUCAAAGUUGUUCAUUAACUCCGACAUCAAUGACAUUACUAUUUUCAAAAAAAGUUUAGAAGGGGAUGAUCGUCCUGAUUCGUCUUCAAAUAUGAUUUCAGCUAUUGAAUCUAAAAAGCUUUCUGAAUUAGAUGAAUGCAUAGUUAAAACUAAGCUGAAGACUAUUGCUGAGAUUUUUGAACCACUUGAGAGUAAUUUCAUCGAUGCCGGAGUUAAUGAACAGCUUUGA